UCCUCCGCAGUUCCCCGCCUGGUACCGCGCCGGCCGGUCGUGUCGUGUCUGUGUUCCGUCGGGCGCUAGAGCUGGUGUGCUUGUGUGUGCUUGUUUUCUUUGACGGUGUGCCUGGUGUGGUGAGUGAAGACUCGGCGAGCGUGCAGAACAGUUGAGAGAGGAACAGUGUAUAGGCGGUGAGAACUGCAGUGCACCACUGGUGGGCGAUGUCCCCCGAGGCUUGACGGAGGUCUGGGGAGCCCGCCGGGGUGGGAGGCGGAGAUGCUGGUGGGCUGACGACCCCCCGGCCCGCGCUACUAUGAUGGUUGAGCGCGUUCAAGACGGCUCGCUAUUCAUGUACCGCCGACCUGUCUACCGUGUGUUCCAGUACCUGGAGACCCAUGAGGGGGCGGGGCAGUGCGGAGCCCAGCAGCCGGGCGUCAUGAACCCGCCGGAGGCCCGCUGCGCCACGCCGCCGCAGCUGUCGGCCAGCCCCGACCGCCUGGACAAGGCCACCCUCAAGGUGCACCUGCCCAAUGGCGGCUUCAACGUCGUCAAGUUCGGCGACGCCAUCGACGUCAAGGGAAUCAUCAACCUCAUCACGAGCCGCCUGGCCACCGGCCAGAGGGCGUAUCAGCACCUGUAUGCCAUGAGACUCCACCACCCCCCGACGGGGGAGGUGUACUGGCUGCAUCAAGACACGACCAUGUAUCAGGUGCAAGAGAAGUAUGAGCGAAAACACCCCCACUCAGAGUGGAGGUAUGAGCUGAGAGUGCGUUACUUGCCGCAGAACCUUGCAGAACUGUACGAGAAAGACAGGGUCACCUUUUACUACUAUUACGACCAGGUGCGCAAUGACUACCUCUUGGCCGACCAUGCGUCCUUGGACCAGGAUGUUGCAGUGCAGCUGUGCUGUCUGGAGAUUAGGUACUUCUUCAAGGACAUGCCGCAGAUAGCUCUCGACAAGAAGUCCAAUCUGGAAUACUUGGAGAGAGAGGUCGGCCUCCACAAGUUCCUGCCGCGCGCCGUGCUGGACAGCAUGAAGCCCAAGGCGCUGCGCAAGCUGAUACAGCAGCACUUCAAGAAGGUGGCCGCUCUCUCCGAGCUCGAGUGCAUGUUCCGCUUCUUCGACCUGCUGCGCGCGCACUACCGCUUCGACCAGGAGCGCUUCCGCUGCACCUUGGGGUCUGGUUGGACGAUUCCUGUGGAAGUGGUGAUUGGUCCUGACCUCGGUAUCUCGUAUAUGACGCUGAGAGCCACAACGCCGACGCGGGUGGCGGAGUUCGACCGGGUGCAGGCCAUCCAGACGCUGGUGUCGGAGUGCGACGCGCACCGCAAGGCGGCCGUGCAGCUGCGAGUGGCCGGCACGGCGGAGACGCUGACCAUCACCUGCCCGUCGCUGGACGUGGCCGAGAGCCUGGCCGACCUGAUCGACGGCUAUUGCCGGCUGGCCACCCACUCCACCACCUCCCUCUGGAACAGGAAGGAUGCGCACCCGCCCAAGUACCGGCAGCACGGCGCGGGUGGGCGGCAGGCCAGCGGGGGCUCGGGCAGCCCCGAGACGGGAGCCGACAAGACUGGCACCAUGCUCAGCGAGGACUACGCCGAGAUAGUGGACGAGGAGGGCGACUACUCCACCCCGGCCACGCGCGACUACGAGCUGGUGCGGAACCAGGUCGAGCUGAACGAGAUCAUCGGCGAGGGCCAGUUCGGGGACGUGCACAAAGGGACGUACAAAGGCCGGGACAACCAGCUCGUACCCGUCGCAGUCAAAACGUGCAAGGCAGACGCCGACCUUGCCACAGCGGAGAAGUUUCUCGAAGAAGCUUACAUAAUGCAGCAGUUCGACCACCCGCACAUCAUCAAGCUGAUGGGCGUGUGCUCGGAGAGCCCCAUCUGGAUCGUGAUGGAGCUGGCGCGCCUGGGCGAGCUGAGGGCCUACCUGCAGAGCAACAAGCACCGCCUCGACCAGGCCACGCUGCUGCUGUACGCCUUCCAGCUGUCCACCGCCCUCUCCUACCUCGAGUCCAAGAAGUUCGUGCACAGAGACAUAGCAGCACGCAACGUCCUGGUAUCCUCUCACAACUGCGUCAAGCUGGCCGACUUCGGCCUGAGUCGCUGGGUCGAAGACCAGAGCUACUACAAGGCCUCGAAGGGCAAGCUGCCCAUCAAGUGGAUGUCGCCAGAAUCCAUCAACUUUAGAAGGUUCACCACGGCCAGUGAUGUGUGGAUGUUUGGCGUGUGCAUGUGGGAGAUACUGAUGCUGGGAGUGAAGCCGUUCCAAGGGGUGAAGAACAACGACGUGAUAGGCAAGAUAGAGAACGGGGAGCGGCUAGCUCUGCCGCCCGACUGCCCCCCGCGACUCUACAGCCUCAUGUCGCAGUGCUGGUGCUACGAGCCAUCCAAGAGGCCGAGCUUCAAGGAGAUUAAGGAGGUGCUCAAUGAGAUCCUGCUGGAGGAGCGCCACCAGCAGCAGGAGACGAUGCGGAGGGAGAACAGGAGGGUGCAGGCCAUGUCCUGGGGUUCGUCGGGGUCGGACGACCCCCCGCCUCCGAAGCCUGCUCGCUUCCCCGUGGUGGGUGCAGACUCGACCUCGCUCGCAUCGAUCGCCGGCUCUCCGGAGAACGGGGGUGUGGCCCCGGCCCCCACCACCUACAUAGUCGCCCAGAACCCCGAGGUGCUGGUCCAGCUGCUGCGGGAGAACGAGUCGCGGGGGAUCAGCCCCUCCAUGUACACCACCCCAGCCACCGGCUUCAACACGCUAGCGGACGGGGCGCGGCCAGAGGACGGGGAGCCUGACAUCGAGCAACUGCUGCUCGAACAGAGGCUGCGGCAACAGCAGCGGGAGUCUGAGGAGGACAGCCGCUGGCUGGCAGAGGAGGAGACCAACCUGAAGAAGAGGCUGUCCGUCGCCACGAGCCUGUCGGACCGCUCGGACGCCGACUCGACCGACGGCACGGGCUCGUCCCUGCCCCGCACGCCCCCCUCCUCCCCUCCCGCCACGCUCCGCGAGGGGCAGUCGCUGGACGAGCGGUCCUCCACGCUGCUGAGCAACGGCUCUGCGGAGGAGCGGGUCAUCGUGGUGAAGAAAAUGGAGCCCACUCCCACUGCUGACCUUGACAGGACAAACGACAAAGUUUAUGACUGCACUACCAAUGUAGUGAAGGCUGUAAUGUCAUUGUCACAAGGUGUGCAGCAGAGCAGAGCAGACCAAUACCUGGAGUUGGUGCGGCGAGUGGGGAUAGAACUGAGGGCUUUGCUGACUAGUGUCGACUACUUGGUUCCUAUUUUUCCUAUCAGUGCACAUCGAGAGGUGGAGAUGGCUCACAAGGUGCUCAGCAAAGAUAUGGGGGAGUUGGUGAACGCCAUGAAACUGGCACAGAAAUACACUCCUACAACGCUGGAUGCAGAGUACAGGAAGGGAAUGCUGUCGGCCGCCCACAUCUUGGCGAUGGACGCCAAGAACCUUCUGGACGUCAUUGACUCUAUCCGGAUACGGCACCCGGAGGUGAACGAGUUCGUGUGUCGCGGUGGGGACGGCCCGGAGCGCCAGCAGGUGCCCCCGCUGUCGAGCUCCGUGCAGGUGGCGGCAGUGUCGGCCGGCGCUCUGCCGCAGCAGGCGCAGUGCAGCGUGACCAGGAAGCUGCAGCCUGCCGUGCCGGAGGCGGUGGCCCCCCUCGACAGCUAGCCCUGACCGACCAGACCUGCGCCAAGACAAGACUUACCGUUUCAAAACCUUAGUGUGACAAAUUGCAAAGUAGAUGUUGGAUUUUUAAUUUUCUAGCGGAAUAAAAAAACAAAACAAAAAAAGCUGGUUCCUUUUUUUUAUAUAUAUAUAUAUUGAAUGUCAGAUUGUCGAGAUGUGACGCAGUUUUAAUUUCUAUUCGAUCGUGUGUGUGUUUGUAACAUAUUUUGUAGCUAUUUGUGUGAAAAUUUGGUCGUUCAAAAAAAAAUCAUAAAUAAUCAUGUAAGCACGUGAUCAUUUGCUGUCUUUUAGCGUGUUACUUUUAAUACAUGUAUUAGAGAUUCGACGUUCUCUUAAUGAACACUUGUGAACAUUCCUGAUAAGUGGCAUUGCUUUGUGUCUGCUGUUUGGGUUUAUACUUUUUAUUCAGUUAUCAUUCCUCAGAGUGGUUUAAAGCAUGUUUAUCAAAUUUUAAGAUGGAUGUUAUGAUAUCAAAUUUAACAUAGAAAUGAUAAUUAAUUAUUUUUAUAAUCAUUGGCAUAUAAUUAGGCUGAGAUAAGUUCUUGAAGUAUUGUCUUUAUUAUUAUUGUUUUCAUUGCUAUCACUAAAAUAAUAGUGAUGACUGCAUCUCUUAGUUUACUUCAUAUCAGGGGUGGCACAUGUUUUUUGGAAGCUUGCUAACAUAGAGUCUGCAUAUUGUUUUGCCCUUUCGUGUAUGUUGUAUAAUACAGUAUCAAAUGAAGAGUAAUAUUUUUUGAUAGUUUGAACAUGUUUUCAUAAUUUAUUGCUAACAAGUCAAAGAUAAUAUUUUUAUGUGUAAAUGAGAGUGACAGGUUUACAUCCCUUAUUUCAACAUUGCUCAUAGUUUGAAUUCUUUUAUUAUCUCAUGUAGUAGGAAUUUUUUGACUAAAUGUACCUGCAUAGCAUUUACGAAGUUACAUUUUAAGGUAUUUUAGCCAGAAAAAAACGGGCACAUGAAAUAGAUUGUACACUUGUAGUUUUCCCACUGAAUACCUUCUUGACCAUCCUAAUUUAUCUGAACAGUGAUUUUGUUAAAGUUCCUGAAGUGUUUUAAAAAAAAUUAACACAUGUAGUUUGACUAUGGAAAUAAAAUUGACCCUCACAUAUUCAUUGUAAUUUUAAUAGUCCAAUUAUUGGACUGUGCUGAAGGCUGAAGUUUUCUGAGGAUGUCAGUUUAAGAUUAGGACAGUGUCGUUAGUCUCGCCAAACUUUCUUCUAUACAUAUUUCAUGCCCCAAGCUGAUCUCCCAGAAACUUGCACCAAGUUGCUCAAAAUAUACUAGCUCUUCAUUAAAAGGAGUGUUAAAAUUUUUUCACCUAUAAUUUAUUGGCAAGUAGGUGGUGGUGUUGAUGGAGUUAUUGAAAUUAUUUUUUUUUUUUUUAAAUUUCAAAAUUUCAUUUUGGUUCCAAUGUUUAUGCAUGUACGCUUGAAGCUAAAUGCUUGCUUAAUAAUAUUGACAGACUUAGGACAAAUUUGCAGUCUUGUUAAAAAAUAAUUUGUUGUCAAGCUCUAACCAAAUUUUCACUUGUAUUUAUAAAAAAAAAAAAAUUAUGUAACAGUCAGUACAUAUUAUGUAUGUUUAAAAUCCAUGUCCUCUGUUUCUUGGUAUAAACUAUUGCUCAGAUGACUGUGAUUAUAGUGCAAAAUAAUUUUAUUUAUUCAUUAUUUUAUGCCUUUUAAUCUGUUUUUGUAUAGAGUAAAAAAUAGCGUUAACUUACUCAUCCAUUCUUAAGGAAUCCAGGUGAUGAUGUAAGCAAACCAAUAUUACAUUAACUUUAAAAAGCUGUGCGAGUGAUGUUAUAUUUAGUAAUGACAUGUAUGAUUAUAGUGCCCUUUUGUUUGGUAACAAACUACAUUUAUUAAAUUUUAUAGUGUUGUAUUUCUAGUGUUAAAAGUGCAAGAAAUUGUGUAUUUUUUAUUGGUUUGCCUUCUGAGUAUUUAUUACAAAAGAAUUGAUGGAACAAGUUGUAUAUACUGUGUACAUUCAUAGAUUGAAUUCAUUUAUUUAUUUUAAAUCAAACAUACAUUAAGGCAGAUGACUCCAUCUGUCCAGGCAAAGAUAAUUUUAACUCGGCACUCCUCACACAUAGUCCUUUGCUAGUUGCCUUUUAAAGAUGCACAGCAUAGAUAUUUGCAGUUUACCUCAGUGGUGUAACAAUCUUUGCAUUGUCUGUACUUAUGUUACAUAUGAUAUAAGAUUUUCAAACCUUCCAUGCACAAAAUGCCAGAGCUGCAGCACCGAUAUGGCUUACAAAUAGUGUUCAGUGAUCUGUAUCAAAUACUUCACUUUCCAUGCUGAAUAAAAUUGUGAAAAUAAAUUGAACUUUUAAGUGGCAACAUGGGUCACUGAUGAAUAACAUUCAUAGAGAAAUCAGAAUACUUUUGGGUGAUUAAAAUAUAAUUAAAUGCUGAUAUAAAUUUUAUUGUAAAAAUUAUAAGAGCAUUAUGUAAUUAUAUGUAACAUAAUUUGUAAAGUAAAUACAGUUAUAGUGGGUGAAACACA